GUUAAUAUAGUGGACAGUGGGGCAGGAGAGGCGUGGUGUUCACAUAAAACGAGACCGCAGGGAACACACUCCCUUCGAUAGUGACAGUUCACACGAGAGCGCUACAUCAGCUCGGUGUGACACAGCAGAGGCUAGUGUGCAUUUUCCUCUGGGCACAGAAGAUGCCAGUGUUGUUCUUGGCCCUGGAAUCCUGUGUCACAUCAUCCUGUCUGUAAGAGAAUCAAAUUUCAUUGACCUGCAGUGCACACGUUUCAGUCUAGUUUGAACUUCAAAAAGCACUUCUGUUGACGUGAGUGCUCUAGGCUGAAUUUUAAUUCUGGUGAGAUGUCUCAGCCUCAGUACUUCCGACUGUGAAAGCAUGACUGAAGAGCACCGAGUCCUCUGAACAGUAUGGUUGAGUUACAGUUGGGUUGGUUUGGAGUGCAAACCUCUUCUCCUUUGCUAAGGCUGGGUUUGCUGCCAAAUUACUGUCUCUCACGCAAGAGGGUUUGAUUGGACGGCCAUACCUGUAGCUGAUCUUGUUCCUUGUUAAUGUAAAACGCUAAAGUUACGACACAUUGCUCUUGACUGCAUAGCCAAUAUCCAAAUAUUUUGGCAUGGUCUCAACUAGAUUCAUUGUCUGUGCAGUUCACCUUGAAAUGUCUUGGCUAUUUCUUUUGGUUUAGGGUAACUUUGGACCCUGGUUGUUACUUCAGAAAAUAGUUCUUAUGCCUUGCAGCUUGGGUUAUGGGGGCCUGCCUAGUAAUAAUUUCUUGCAUUUAUUAAGUUUUUUUUUUAUUUCAGAGUGCUUUAUAUAAAGUAGGUGACCCCCUGAGCAUGUGAAGUAGCUAUUAGGUGACAGAUAUUUUUGUUUCAGAUGAACUGUUGGAAGUACCAGCCGGUUUAUCUUGUUUGGAAAUUUCUAGGAAAGGUAAUAUUGUUAUAUAAUAUAGUUUGCUGGCUUCCUUACUGUGAAAGGGUUUUGUGAUAUCUAGACAACAGACAUUUUUUAUUGAAGUGGGUAGGAUAUUGCUAUUUAGGGAAACGCAGACAGUUGCAAGAAAUGUGUAUAGGCCACUGGUGUCCCCCCUUUUCCCCAGAUAGUUGCUUUCAAGAGUUUCUGUUGUAAAAAUCUGCUUUGCUUGAGAUAAUGUUCUUCGGGACCUGCAUGAUGCAGAAGGUCAAGCUCACACAGUUUUCUGUCUCUGCUCCAUUUUGUGUUAAAUGUUUUUUUUUUAUUCCUUGUGUAGGCUGCUCAUUUUAACAAGACCGACAUCUUUCUGUUUGUGUCGUGAUGAAUGGUAGUGACAGUCUCUACGGGGUGACCAGUCCAGCGCUGAUCCGAGUUGUCUUUCCUGAUUACAUUAGCGCAGAGUCCAGAAUGUCAGAGAUUUUGCUUGUUUCCUGGAAGCAGUUUUCCUGCAGGAAUUAUUUCCAGAAGAGUUUUAGAAUCACAGGAUGCAAGACCCUUGAAGGCCAGUUAUGUCAUGAUCACAUGAUAAACUAAUGUAAUAACUCUUGACACGGUGAUCAUUUGUAUAUGCUCUAGUAGAUGCUAUUUAAUGACAACUGUUGCCCUCUGCUGACUGCCUCUGGCAUCGACAAAGGGUCGUUUUGUUGUUAAGAUCAGAGUCCCGACCAGCUACGAGACAGUUGGUUUAGGAAGAUCUAGGCUCUUGAAGACGCAUAUAUUCUUCACAGCAAGUGACGUUUCUGACCGUAUCUGGUAGCAUUGGAGGCAAAGAGGGAGGGGCUGCCCACAAGAAAGCUCUCACAAAGUCAGGGAGUCUCUUGAAGAAAUGUAAGCUCUGCAAACGGGGGGGAAAGGAAAACAAAGGUCUACACACUAUUCAGCCUGUUCCAGGACCCACAGACAUCAGUAUUCUACUUUCCCUUUAAGAAUUAUUCACCCCCUGUGCAUCAAGGUGAGCACCUGACAAGUUUUGACGAUAAUAAACAAUUCAAGAGCAACUUUAAAAUCCUGUCCUGCCUCAAGUAUCCUGAUGGAGCCAGGAAGACGCCUUCAUUCAAGGUGGCGAGGUUGAAUUGGCAGCAGAGCUAAGACCGCAGAAAUGAAAAGCAGCUAGGACUUCCUGGGAUCUCCACGUCUUCCUUGUCCUCCAUGGCGGUGCUUGUCCACUUGCUAGCCUGUGCCUUCGGGCUAGGGUCCUGGGUGGCCAUCAAUGGCCUGUGGGUGGAGCUGCCCCUGAUCGUGAACGAGCUUCCGGAAGGCUGGUACCUACCGUCCUACCUGACUGUCAUCAUCCAGUUGGCCAACGUGGGGCCUCUGCUGGUCUCUCUGAUUUACAAGUUCUCUCCGGGCCGGCUGAAAGAAAUCGCCAUCAUCUACAUCAUUGUGUCUGUCGGGACCGUCUCGUGUUUCCUGCUGGCCUUGUUCUGGAAGGAGACCUCAGUGGUCAUGGGGAGGCUGCACAGCACCGCCUUCCUCAUCAUCACCUUCUUCCUGUCCUUGGUGGACUGCACCUCCUCUGUCACCUUCCUGCCUUUUAUGAUGCAGCUGCCGGCCAAGUACGUGACGACAUACUUCAUCGGGGAAGGCCUGAGCGGUUUUGUGCCUGGGUUGGUGGCUCUGGGCCAGGGUGUAGGCAUAGCCAAGUGUGUUAACGUCACCAAGCAGCAGGACAACAUUACCGAGGAAGGCACCUUGGAUGUACUUCACACUCUCCAGCCUGAGUACCUCCCCCCCACCUUCUCCACAGAAGUGUUCUUCUUCUUCUUGACAGCCAUGAUGGUGGUCUGCCUGUCUGCUUUUGUCUUCCUCAACAGAGUCUCCAGGACCUUUGAGCUCUCCACCGAGAACUUAGUGACAGAUUCUGUAGUAACCAUCUCGUCUGGCCUGGACAACAGAGUAAUGGAAGCCACCGGAGAAGCAGAUCCCAGGCCUGUGAAUCUUGGAGACCCAGGCGAAAACAAUGAGAUCUCGCCUGGGACCAGGAGUGCGAUGAUAAAAGCAAGCCACUCUGUAUAUGAGUUUGCAUUCAUUUACUUCCUUGUCCUCUGGGUGAAUGCACUGACCAAUGGCCUGUUGCCCUCAGUUCAGACUUACUCCUGCAUGCCCUAUGGGAACAUGGCUUAUCACCUGUCUGCAACACUGGGAUCUAUGGCCAACCCUGUUGCGUGCGUCAUUGCUAUGUUUCUGCCCCGAAGGUCUCUGGUGCUCCUGGGGGUCCUCUGUCUAGCUGGGACAGGUUUUGGGGCCUACAACAUGGCCAUGGCAGCCCUGAGUCCCUGCCCAUUGCUGCAGGGCACCACUGUGGGAGUUGCUGUAAUUAUCCUCUCCUGGGUACUCUUCGCUGGGACGUUAUCCUAUGUCAAAGUGAUGGUGGGAGUUAUACUACGAGAUGAGAGCCACAGCGCCCUCGUGUGGUGUGGAGUAGCAGUACAGACAGGAUCGAUGGUUGGAGCCCUGGUCAUGUUCCCACUAGUUAAUGUGUUUUACGUGUUCAAGGCAGGGGACAUCUGCAAUACAAAGUGUUCUUCUUGACAGCAAAGCAUGGAUAAAAUAUUUCCUGAGAAAGAAAACACCCCAUAUUAUUAUUAUUCUCUUUAUUUUUCUUUUCUAAGCCAUAAAUUAAUUACAUGAACGUCAGCAUCAAAAGAACUGUUGUACCCAUUAGUAGAGAAUAUUCCAUAUGCAACAGAGGGUGAAGGUGUGUGUUUUUGUGAUAGUACUUUAAAACAAAUGAGGCAACACAGUUUAAAAAGAAAAGGGCAACUUUCAGGAGGUAGCGUAGCAUAGCGAGUAUGUUUCUGGACACAUGACUGUGAGGUUGUGGGUUCAGAUCCAAGCUGUUGUACCUUGACUGAGGUACUUCACACAGUUGUGUAAAUGAGGAUGAGUAUUUGCUCUGGUUAGGCUCUGUGAGGAAAAGCUGCCCCAGCCAGAGGAGGUGUUAUAUGCUCUGUUUGCUUAAUGGAAAUCAAGAUAAUCUCUGAGCCCCUGAACGGUUGUGGCUUGAAUAUAGAAAUGACUCACCUUCCACUUCACAGUAUGUUUUUUCCCCCCAUUGUCUUGUACCUGCAUCUGUGUGUGUUGUUUACAGUCUGACCCAUUUUAUGAAAAUUAGUGAAGUGUUAUGAUUAAUGGAUUAUUGUAAAAGUAAAUAAGUAUGGUCCUUAAGUCAAACUGGCACAUAAAUAUGCUAAUUAAAGGGUGAAGCUUUCAGUUCACUAUGCCUUU